AGGGCAGAGGGGGAGUUCUGCUGGGUCAAAAAAUACACAGGAGCUGCAAAUCAGAAACUCAGCAGACCUGCGCAACUUUCGAACAAGCACAGUUUGUUUUUUUUUAUUUUUACUUUUGAGUUGAAUCCGGUCGCUGCAAAGAUGACCACAGCCGUGGUGUCGCCUUUCUUCGACUUCGAAGUCAUGAACAAGGUACAUUUCCUAAACUUUUUCUCGGAGUUUCUUGUUAGCCUGUUAGCAGAGCUGGUUAGCCGCUGUGGAGGAAUGAAGAGUUGCAUGCCCGCGGCCCUCUAUGCUGUGACGCCUCCUGUUUGGAGGCUGUUUGGAUUUGUUUUUCACAACUCUUUGCUUCUCUUUAGCUGUUUUUACGUCGUCGUAGUUGUAAUUGCUGGUAGAUUUAGCCUUGCAAAAGUGUGCCGAAGUCUGUUGGUAGCUUUACUUUACACGAAACACUUGUUGGAGUUAAAAAGUUUAGCUUUAUAAAUUCAAUAUGCGCCCGCCAACAUAUUUUUGUAGUUUUGCUAACCAGUUACGGUGCAGCUUCAUGUGUUGGCGCUUAGUUGCUGUUGAAGUCGUCAUAUUUCUCUAAAUGAGGGCACUUUUUGCGCCACUUUUAAUAUUCCUCACAAAGCAGCCACAUGCUCGCUAAUCAUUGACAAGGUUUCUCUGACUUUAACCCACUGUUGCGCCUGUAAAGCGGCUUCUCCAUUUAAAGGCGUGUUACCGUGGAUAUUUUGGGGGGAAACUUGUUUUUCAAGCGUUAACGGCUCUCCGGACAGUUACCGUCACCGCGCUGUUUGCCUUUGCAUACAUUUGGAUGCGUUCAGUGUCAGAUUUCUUUCCAAAACAGCGCUUUCCUCUUCUUUGCUUCUCUGUUUUUUAGCUUUUUAUACUCAUUUAAAUAAGCUGCCUCUCGAAUUUGGAAGUGUAAUGAAAAGCGGAUGAGUCUUCUGUUGUAAUUCAACAGGAUGCGUGGCCACUUUCAUUAUCUUUCAAAUGAUGCAGCCUCUUUGUAGCCACCAGCAGCAGCCCUGUGGCCUCUUCAUGUGCUGCUGCUCCAUUUACUAAACAGGCACACAUUCCUCACCAGGGCAACUUGCCAAACCAGCUGCUGUUCUAUAGGCCUGUAUCCGCUUAUGUAGUCGGAGCCAAAAAGAACACAGUCAUGCAAGAGGAGGCUGUGGAUCUUUUUCUCUCUGAUCCACCAGCUUUUCUGUAGAAUCAGAGCCACAAUGAGUGUCAGUCUUGGUGAUUUUUUUGUCUGAUGAUGUGUAAUCUUUGUGUCCCUGCAGAACAACAAACUGCUCAGCUACAACAACAACCUGGGUGCCCCUCAUCCCAUGUCUGUCCCUUGCACUGGCACCAACGUGCCCCUCUCCAGCCCCGCCGGAGCCCUGCUGGACAGGAAGGCGGUGGGGUCUCCCUCAGUGGGAGGCGUGUACCAGCGGCGGCACUCUGUCAGCAGCACAAAAUUCAGCCAGAACCAGUUCCUGAACAGCCUGAAGGCAGCGGACCACUCCUCACUCAUCUCAGGGGUUGGCAAUGCCAGCAACAACAAGGAGAACCGCCUGCGAGACCGCUCCUUCUCUGAGACGGGCGAGAGGCUCCUCAACAAGUGCCUGGGUCCAGCCAGCCCCACCGGCGGCAGCAGCCAGGUGAACUCCAGCCGCUACAAGACAGAGCUGUGCAGGCCCUUCGAGGAGAACGGCUCCUGCAAGUACGGCGACAAAUGCCAGUUUGCUCACGGAAUCCAUGAACUGCGCAGCCUGAGCCGCCACCCCAAAUACAAAACUGAGCUGUGCCGCACCUUCCACACCAUCGGAUUCUGCCCCUACGGGCCUCGCUGCCAUUUCAUCCACAAUGCUGAGGAGCGCCGCGGACCCCCACAGCAGUCCUCCCCUCUUAACUCAUCCAACAAGAUGGAGCGGCCUCGACUGCAGCACAGCUACAGCUUUGCGGGCUUCUCCAGCUCAGCCGGGCUGAGAGACAGCCCCACCUCGGUCACCCCUCCACCUAUGUUCUUCCCUGAUGAGGUCCCAGACUGGCCCAGCAGUAACCCCUUCACCUACUCCAGCCAGGAGCUGGCCAACCUGUUUGGGCCCAGCCUCAGUGCCGGUCCUGUAGGCACAGAGCCCAACACCCCUGCACCCCCUUCUCCAACAAGCACACCUUACUAUUUCAGACCCAUGUUGGAGUCCCCUCAGUUGUUCGAGUCUCCAUCCAGCCCCCCUGACUCGCUGUCAGACCAGGAGGGCUACCAGAGCAGCUCUGGAGGCAGCCUGAGUGGCUCUGAGUCCCCCACGCUGGACAACACCCGCCGCCUUCCCAUCUUCAGCCGCCUCUCCAUCUCUGAUGAUUAAAAACCGCACGCUUUCCACCAGUGACUUUCAGUUCGAUGACACAAAGAGAACACGGCACUCCCCUCUACCUCUGCCCUUUUCCUACGCUUCCCUGUCCCCCCAGUACUCAAGACACCGUGAUAGUUCCUCGUUAGCUCUGUAAGGAUGUAGUCACUUAAAGGAGCUCUGGCGACUCAAAUUAUCAUUUCAUCCCUGCCAAUCUGCACAGCAAGUUUAAAAACGUUCCCUGCCAUGUGUCAUAGUGCCAAAAAAAGGAGAGGAAAUUGAACAAUAAAAAUCCCGAGAAUGCCGAGAUCAAGAAUUGACUGUUUUGCCAGGUGCCACUUGUUAUUUUUUUUCUUUCUUCAUUUGUUCUUGAAUGUGUAGCAGCACAAGUGGCCUUGGAAAGGGGAGUGCAUUGCACUAGCCCCCCAACCCCCCUUCCUCCCUCCCUCCCUCCCUCCCUCUUUCUCUCCCCUCUCUGUCUCCCUGACGACACCACUUCCCUGAGCUAGCUAGAGGGUGCUCACUAACGUAACUGUAGAUCUACCGCAGCCGUUUUUUUACAGACUGAGUUAAGACAAAAUGGAAAAAAUAAAGACCCUGAAAAGAUAUGAAUAGUUUUUAAAAAGAAAAAAAGUGCCUGGGGCGGUUUCUGCAUGUGUUUAGGGUGAAUGGACUACUGUUUGUUUCGGUUCUUUCUCAUUUGCCCUCCCCUCCACCUCACCCCCCUUUGUCACGGUUCUCCUCGAGCCCUGUCUUAUGUAAUUGUGGACUGGGUGAGUCUGCAGGAAGGACUUUGAACUGGAAGUUGGUUAUGUUCCCCCUCCUGAGUUUUUUUUCUCCUCCUGUUGCUGGUCACUGGCUCUUUUUUUUUUUUUUCUCUUGGGGAAGGAAGUCUUGAUAUCAAACUGAUCAUUAAACCUGUAAGACUUUGUCCCGCCUCUUACCCCCUGCCUCCUCCCUUCAUCCUCGCCGAUCCGGGGAAUUCCAGCAUUCCCAUGGUGCAGUUGUACAUCCUGCGACUUGACGAGAUGGGAUCUCCAAGCUAUCUUACUUUACUUCUUCCCCACUUUAGAACAUGCUCCGAGGAGCACUCUGUACUCAUUACAUCCCUUUUUUUUUUUGCUUCUUUAUUUGAUAAUUAUUUUUUAUUAAUGUUAUUAUUACGGUUAUUAUUGUUUGAAAAACUUUCCAGACAGAAGGUUUGCUUGUCACUGCUUAUUUAACUUAUCAGAACAUAUUUAUUGGUGAUCAUAUGCAUUUUUUGUUAAUUUUGUUUUGUAUUUAUCUGGAUAAUGAACAAUAGAAUAUAUUUUCUUUUAUGUUAAAUUAUGAUCUUCCAUAUUAAUCUAAAGAUUGUGAAGACGUUUUUGUCAGUUUUCCUUUUUUCACAGUUUAAUAUAUUGUACUUCAAUGACUUUUGUUCUGCAACUACACUUUUGUCAAAAAUGAAACUUAAUUUAAAGCAAAAAAAAAAUGCAAAAAAAGACGUUUUGCGUUUUGAUUAUUUAUUGUACUUUUUUUCUUACUCCCUCUUAUUGGACUGCAAUUCCAUCUGAACUAGAUUUGCUUGUAUUCAUUCCGGAUGUUUCCCCCCAAUCUCUCUCUCUCAUAUCUUAAAAACAAUCUCGACAGUAACAGUAGCUAACUGUUAGCACAUGAAUUCAAUCUUGGGUUGAUGGUGGAAGUAAAGGGGUGCUAAUAGGACCUCUCUCACAUCACUGGUUUAGGAGAGUCUCCAAGUUCGAAGACGACUGGUUUGUGUUGAAAUCUCUCCUGUCAGUUCUGUUAUUACAAGCAAUAGCUGUGACCAAAUGGGUUGAGGAAAGUUUAUUUUGUUUCUCUUCUUUUUUUUAAAAAAUUUGAUUGGAUGCUUGAUGCACUUGCUUGGCCCCCCUCUCGACCAUUGGAAGUGCCUCUUUGAAUACAUUCCAGGUAGCUAAGGCUUCUGUGCCUUUUAUAUUUGAUAAUGGAGGACAAUUAAUUUUUUUAAAAGUCACUUGUUCUGUGUUGCCUUCACUUUUUUUUUUCUUUUUUUCGGAAGAGGUGAGCAGAUUUUGACACAAAGAAAGUAAAACAGUUGAAUGUAUUUUUUCAGCCAUGUUUUUUUUUUUUUUCACUACAGUAAUUUCUGUGAGUUUAUAUGAAAACCUGUUUUUCCUCUUUUGUAAGUAUUGAUUGCAGUUAAGUCAAUAAACCCCGUAUUUUUGGAAAAGUUAAA